AUGUAUCCACCCGACAAAAAUGCAAACAUCGUCUACUUGACUUUAACAUGUAUUAUUCAACCGUUAGGAAAUGAAUCGGGCCUUGGACGUAUACGAACGGAAGAGUUGGAAGCUAGUUGUAAGACGCUUGGGAUAAAAGAAACUUAUGUGAAUAUUGAAAAUCACGCGGCUUUACAAGAUGAUCCAAGAGUACAUUGGGAUCCUGAGAUAAUAUCCGACAUUCUGAAGGAUUAUGUUAUAAAGAAUGGAGUUGAUACAAUUAUAACAUUUGACGACCAGGGAAUCUCGGGUCAUCCAAACCACAUAUCAUGUUAUAAUGGGGCCAGGAACGUGUCAACGAGUGACUUUCUUAUAUACAAACUCAAAACCGUCAAUGUAUUCCGGAAAUACAUUUCACUAUUUGACCUAACUUAUACACAUUACAACUAUCGUGUCGCUGACGGGAAGAAGAAAACGAAUGGAAUUGUCAAGCCACUGGCACCACCUGAUACAAUGCUCCUUGUAUCAAGUUUCGGGAACUACAUCAAAGCGCGCGAAGCCAUGAAGUGUCAUAAGAGCCAAUUAGUUUGGUUCAGAUAUUUAUAUGUAUUGUUUUCGAGAUAUAUGGUUAUAAACGAACUGGAACGUGUUCAGUAA